CCUGUAUGGAGUUUAGCCACUACCCUUUAAUUUAGCUUCUAGGCAGUCGAACUUGAGCUGUGGCUAUGAGGCUUUCGUUUCUUCUUUGCCGGCCUUUUGACUUUGGGCAGCGAGAUGUCGCACAUUGGUUUCCAGGACAUAUGGCUAAGGGGCUUAAACAGAUGAGAGCAAAACUUUCCAAAGUUGACUGCAUUUUGGAAGUACAUGAUGCCCGAAUCCCUUUAUCUGGACGAAACCCUCUCUUUAAAGAGUAUCUUGGAAUUAAACCUCACUUACUUGUGCUCAACAAGAUUGACUUAGCAGACCCCUCUCAUCGAAAGAGAAUUGCUACUCAGCUAGAGAAACAGGGAGUUGGAAAGAUCAUUUACACUGAUUGCAUCAGAGAAGAGAACAUCAGACAGAUUGUUCCAGCUAUUAUUGAACAGAUUGGAUGUAACCCUCAGUUCAACAGAGCAGAGACUACAGAAAUAUCCAUUAUGAUGACUGGAAUUCCCAAUGUGGGAAAAUCCUCUCUGAUAAAUGCUCUUCGCAGAAUACAUAUAAAGAAAGGGAAAGCCUCUAAAGUCGGUGGAGAACCUGGAAUAACUCGCUCAGUGCUUUCUAGAAUACAGGUUUCAGAAAAUCCUCUCAUCUAUCUCUUGGACACACCAGGAGUCCUUUCACCUCGCAUUGAGUCGGUUGAGAUAGGAAUGAAGUUGGCAAUAUGCGGAACAAUUCUUGAUCAUUUGGUGGGUGAAGAUAUAAUUGCUGAUUAUCUCCUUUAUAUGCUAAAUCAGCAUCAACAGCACAGAUACGUGGCACAGUAUGAGCUGGAUGGACCUUGCUCAGAUAUAGAGACCCUGCUCAAAAAGAUUGCCAUUAAGUUAGGAAAGACACAGAGAGUGAAGGCCAUAACUGGUGUUGGAAAUGUGAAUAUUACAGUACCAAAUUACUCAGCUGCUGCUUAUGAUUUCAUUCGGUCUUUUCGGAAAGGAGAUUUGGGAAUAGUGACUUUGGACUAAUGAGGUAGAAGUAGAUAAAAGAACUGGACUUCACACAGGAACACAGAAAAAAAAUAUAGCCUUUCUCAUGACUGAAGCUGAAAUAGUCUGUGGCAAAUGAACUGAACUGGAGAAUUAAACUGUCAAAUUAAACUUGUUUUUUCCAUUCUGUA